UUUUUUUGUUGUUGUUGGGCACAUGACCAGACUUGGGUUUUCACUGGAAAAAGCGUAGUUGCGUCGGAACACGCAGGAGACAGAAACUGACCGUCAACCCCUAAGCGCAGGGGGGCGGCGGGCGAGAGGUUGGGUCUCGAGUGUCGGGCACGACCAACCUACAACGCGUGCACCAAACUCCCGUUCCCACCUGUUUCUCCGCACACACCUCGGGGACUCGGGGAGCGCGAGCGCUCCGCGUCUUCAACCUCCUCCUGCUGGUGCUUUAGUUCCCGCGGAAAAUUGUAAUUGUUGUCCCCAUCGCAUCGGCAACCUGGCGUUGGAGGGGGCUGGAAACUCUGCCGGAAAAUGGAUCUGGCGCAUACUUCCCGCUAUUGGAAAUCGUACCGGGAGAGCAAGACGUUCACCCUCACGAUCUACAUAUACAAGGCACAUCUGGGGGUGAACAGCAGCAUCAGCAACAAUUCAUCAAACGGCGGCCCAUCCGGCUCGGGCAGUGGCUCUACCGGCGGGGGCGGUCCUUGGGACACCAAGAUUGUGGUGAGCCUUCCGAACGACCCGAUGGGGGAAAGACACGAGACCAGCAGGGCGGGGAAGACUUCGAACCCCGUUUGGGACCAGGCUGUGGUUUUGAGGGACAUCGAAUACUCGGAAUUAGUGCGGUUGGAGAUGCGCCGGCCGCGCAAGAUCGGGGAGAAUCCGGUGUUGGCGAGGGUUGAGUUCGAGGUCCACGACGUGAUCGGCCUGAGCCUCCGGGAGGGUGCGUCGGUGUUCCCGCUCGAGUGCGACCGAUCCCGCGCGCGCUACGGGAUUAUCCUGCUAGCGUUCCGGUUCGACCCGCCGGUAGCGGCCGACGUGCUCGGAGCGUUAGACGGGGUGGGGUUGGCGAGCUUGCCGAGGGGAGUAACAACGCCGGCUGACCAAGGACAUGACGAGGGCGAAAAAGCGCCGGCAUGGGGGGCACCUGAGGCGGGCCAGCAGGCGGAGAGGGAGGUGGAUGUCGCAGACCCGGUGUACAUCAACGUCGAGGGGCAUUUCGCUUGCCUUCUUCUGGACGACGACACUCCCCUCAAUCGCUGCAAGCCGGGUUUGGCUCGACCAUCGUCGACAUCUACGGCUUCUUUCUCGCGGUCGCAGUCGUCUGCCAUGAAGGACCACCCGGACCCGGCCAUCGACUUUGACCUAGCGCACGGGUGCGCAGGGCAGCCUCAGCCGCGGUCAAGAGCGGGGACACUGUCGAGCCUGAUUCACCCGAGGCUGAGCACCGUUUCGCAGAACAGCGUCAAGAGUGAGAACAGCAUGUACGACUACCAGGGCUUGAUACACGGCAGGGGGAGCGCUGUUCGGAUGGCCAUGAACAACAACAAUAACGCCUCUGGGGGGGGGGGGAAACCUACCCGGCCGCCCCCGGCUUCGCUCGGCGGGAGCUUGGGCUUGCCGCUUAGCGCGCUAGGUUUAGGGGUAGGUGUAGGCGGGGGCGGCGGUGGCGGCGGCGGCGGGAGCAAAGCCGGCGGAAAGUCGGGGCGGCCCCAAUCGAUCGAUUUGCGCAGAUUGUCUUCCGCGGGCAACGACGCCAUGGGGUUGGAGUCGGCGCACCUGGAGACCCCGCAGCAGCGGUGGGUUAUGCCCCGACGACGGCACCGACACAGCCACGACGCCUCCGGCGGAGGAAAUCCGGACGUCAGCAGCUCGGCGGUCGGCGCCGCCGACGGGGUUGGAGUGAGAGGCUCCAAGGGCGGCGGGAAGCGCGCGCGGUCACGGGCAAUGUUAAAAACCCCGGGUUUCCUAAAGAGCCCUACGCUGGGCGGGCUGCGAGCGGGGGUCGGCAAGGCCGCGAAGGCAUCAAAGUCGACGUCCUUCGCCGUGCCGGUGUCGAAUGCUGGUGGGGCCGGGGCGGGGGCUAAUACCCCGGCGGGUUCGGUGGAUUCGUCGUGCGCGAGCACGGUGCGGGCGGCGGAGGAGGCCUCGGCGGUGGACACCCCGCUCUUUGUGCCGCCAGCCUUGUCUUCUUCGGGUGUGCUGUGCGGGCUACCGGCGGGCCUUGAGCUGUCUCCGACGGCGCUCGUGGUUGCGUCAGCAUUGCCGUCCGAGGAGUAAUAGCCGCGGGGAUGAUGUCGGUUGUCCCAAGUGUUCUGUCGCUGACGCCGUUGGGUGUUUGGUUUUUGGUGACGCUAUCCCUGGUUCUGCCAGUAUAUGCAUUGUUUUGGCGGCAUCUGUUUGUACUUAUAACAUACGUUGUUGGGAUGUGGCCACCGCUGGUUCUGCUGCCGCAGGCGAGCGGGUACCGGUGGUGUGUGGGGCAGGCCAUGUUGGUCGCGGUUGGGGUGUAGGAGAGCGUUAGGUCCAAGGCGCGCACCGCGGAAUGAAGGUGCGGGGGGGUCCUGGUGAGGUUGUCGUCUGUGUGACCCCCGACUCUCCCUAAGCGAAAGGAGGAGAAAGAGAGAGAGAGAGAGAGUAGACCGCCGUAGAUAUCAGGUAUGAGUUAAGCAAAGACGAUUUUUCCCUGGUUGGUGUAGCUACAUGUUCGUUGGUGGAGAUCAUGACACGAGGACGGGGACGGCCCGUUCGAAACUGGUCUCCCGUGGAAUUAGCCUGUGUGUGGUACGGAGCGUGCGGUGUAAUGGGUUUGUGCGUGUGUUGUUGUGUCGAGUGCUUCGGGGGGGCAAGGUGGUGAUGGACCACCCGGUGUGUGAGACGUAUUUUCUCGAAUUUCGAUCACCACCGGAAUGACGCAGCAUUCAUUCGCUUCUCGAUGAUGAUGAUGAUGUUGUCGCUACACAGUGGGCGCAGGCAGCACCACCCACGUAUGCAUACGUGUGUUCGCUGAUAUGAACUUUUCGGCGUUCCUCGCGUGUAAAGCUUAGCGCGGUCGUUGCUGUUAUCAUUGCCUAGGCCGGCGUUAUAUACUUCUUGCUUACUGAGAAGACAGGCAAAAGGAAAUAUGUCUAAUUUGUUGUAGUGGGGAGGGCGCCCACACAACAACAAAAACAAGGUGACUCGCCUGCUUGCGAGGAAACGUAAUUUUGCAGCUCACCAUGCGCCAUCGAGGCACACCAUGAUGAGCACACGAAAGUUUUUUGUUUCGUGAUGUACGGAUUGAUAGAGGAUAGAGACCGAGUGAGGCACUUGUGGUGUUUCUGCAACGGAACAAGACACACAUGCCUGCCUGCAGCUUUCCUUUUGGUGGAACAAGUCGGCGCCGCUGAGCAAGACUGAUUGGCCAGAGACAAGACACUAAACUCCCGCCGUUGUCCCAUUGGUCAACGAGUGCUGAUUCUGAGUGGAACGGGUUUUACGGGAGUCGCCCGAACCAAGUAGUUAAGGGGAGAGCAUCGCGGGUUUCGUUCUGUUAUCCAAGUCCGGAUGUUUCGAAAAUAGAAGACCAUUCGAAGUAAUCAUACCAGCAGACAAGGACGCAGCUUUGAUGGCGUCUACUAUUUGUCUUCAUGGAGUAUCAUCGAGUGUCCGCAGCAUGCGUGCAAAGAUACUUUGGCAACCAACCUUUGGGCCG